UCUGGGUAGAGUCUGCGCGAGUGGGAGUGGAGCGAGUCGCUCGGUCUCAGCAGCGUUCAUCCAUUCUGUGCGGCACUCCCCGUACAGCUCCGUGCGUCCUCCGGUGCGAACCGGGGUGUUCUCUACGCUCCACGAACAAAACGCGGGACGGAAAGCUACACGGAAUAACCUUCAGCAAACCUUCCGCGACACGGAUUCCGGCGUUGGAGAGGACAUGGAGUGACGGAGAGCGGGAGAAAGGGGCUUUUUCCGAGGACGGCGUGCUCCGCUGAAACCCAACAUGGCGCUGCUGCGAGGUACGGCCGAGCUGAAUUAAUUUCUCCGCGAGUCACUCCGACCUCGCCACCUGUAUCCUGUGGGGGCCCGGGCCGCACGGCACGUCGGCUCUCCCACUUAAAGGACCUUAACGGAUUUUUCUUUUGUGGAUUUCUCUACAUCCUGCCGUUUUGUUUUUCCUCCGCGCAGGAUCUUUUUUUUGUUGCUUUAUGGCAACCCAAGUGACAUUUGCAGCAGCAAAAAGUCCGCUUCAAAUAUAGGUUAAUGGAUGAGAGUUGCUUAUAGACAAUAGAAUAAGGACCCAGAGCUUUAUAUGUGAGUCUUGUUUUGUUUCGUGACAAGUGGAUAACCUGUUAGACACUUUUGGUUGCUUUUUUCUCCUCUGGCUGGGAUUGUGUGUCUCCAGCAGACAGGACCGUAACCCGGGCUCGUCUACGUACGCACGGAUCGCUGUCCUUGUUAACUUGGGAAAAACAGGGAAAAGGCGUGAGUUGGGGCGCACGGACGACGGCUGGAAGUAGCACCAAUUAACCAGGGCAACAUCUGUUCGUGAUGUCGAUGCUGAGACACAAACCAACCUGGAACUAAAACAAGAGAACCACAUCACACAAAACAUGGUGGAUGCAAGGUUGACGCCCCUGGCCGCGAUGGGGCUGGACCGAGGCACUCUGAUGCAUGAUGGUCUCCGUCUCCAUGGUGGGGUUGUAUACCCAGGGAUCAGAGCAUUGCCAGCGGAGAAGAGCCGAGAGACACCCUCCCUUCCCCUCACUUAUAACAGGGAUGGUCUCCCGGAGCUCAUCUACAAGCCUGAUGGCUCUCUGGACAGUCGUAAGCCCACUAAUGGAUACCUGGGCCUCUACAAGGGUGCCCCUCCAGGUCUCCACAAGCCUGUUCUGGUUCCUGGGGCUGAAGGUCUGGGCUUGGAGCGCAGAGUAGGGCCUGGAGAAAAGGCAUCUGAACUGGGCUUGGCAGGUGCUGGUGGCAGCUACCUCCGCUUGCCGUGGCUCACCCCUUACCCUGAGGCGAGCAUGUAUCCCUUCAUGGACACAUCCAAGUACGCAGCUCUGAACAUGUACAAAGCCUCCUUGCUCAGCCAACCCAACCCCUAUCUUCCCCAGCACCUGCCCUACCCUUCUCUGUGUGCAACCCAGGGGGGCAACCCUGCUGCAGCCGCCUCUGCUGCUGAGAGGCUCUACUACAUGCCCCCCUAUCCUCCUUCUCCUAUCUCUUCCCCCCUGGUGGCACCCCCCAUGAGGAUUCCUGCAGUCACAGUGGCCCCCACAUCACUGGUACACUGCCAGGACAAGGGGCUCGGUGUUGCGCCUCAGUUUGCACAGCAGCUUCACCAACCUUCUCCUCAUCCUCAGCACCAUCAGGCCGCUAUAGACAGAGACCGGUCCCCGAGCAGGAGCAGCAGACCAAGCAGACCUCCCUCUAGGAAGAGCUCUAGCAGCAACAAUAAUACCAGUAGCACUAGCACUAGUGGCACCAAUGGGGGGAAUAAUAAUAGUCUGCCUGCUGAUUCUUCUCCUCACGCAUCUUCUCGCCUCCCCCAGCCUCCCCCUCCUCCUGCUCUCAUUGACAAUUCACUGGAUUUACAAAGGCCAGUCGCUAGGAUAGGACACCCACCUGCCUCCUCUGCUUCUUCAAUAUCUGCCUCAUCCUCAUCCACACAGUCCAUUCCUCAUCCAUUUUCUGUGAGCAGCAUGGCAUCAGAGCAGCCCUCCCCUGCCCGGCCUAGCCCCCACAAACCAAGGCCAAGAGACGCAGCACCUGAGCACAGAAGCGCAGGGGUUGAGAGGAGACCCAGCAGGUCACCUUCCAAACCCAACUUUGAGAGGCCAGCUCACCAACCACAACCAACCAAAGACUCGGCAGAGAAGCCCUUGGAUUUGUCUGGAAGAAUGCUGGAGUUCGGGCUGCCUCACAAUGGAUACCCAGUUAAGAUAGACACUAUGGCAUCAGGAGCACGUUAUGGACUGCCCCCUAGCCGAGAGCUCCUAAAGGAAAACCUGUCCCUGUCUCCUUCCUCCCACCCACACUCUGUGGUCAGCAGCACUUCUUCAAAGGUCCCAGAGAGGCCAGAAAUGAUCAGCACUUUACACUCCUCCUGGGUUGUUCCUAGCCCGUCUCCUUCCCAUACACAGCACACACCGGGCUUGCCCCCCUCCCCACGGCCUAACACAGACCUGGGCCUUUCACAAGCCAAAGGUUCCUCACCCUCUGUCAUCAAACACAAGGGUCUGGAGAGAGUACUCCCACAGCAGCGUAGCUCAUCCUGUCCAAGGAUAGGGGAGCCCAACCAUAAUGUUCCCUCCACUCAGCACUCCUCUCUGGUCAGCUCCAGGGCUCUUUCUCCCAAACCGAAUGGCGAGUGGGUCAAACACAGCCCGAGCCAUUCAGAACAUCCGGGCCACCACAGAGAGGGAACGGAGAAGCCUUCCCAGACUACCAAGAGAGCUGAAACAACUCCAGAAGUGGCACCAUACAAGAGGCCCUGUUUGGAGAAUGGUCACCCUCCUGGUCUUUACCUUCCUCAAAGUGACGCUUACCUGAACCACAGUUUGGCGUACGCAAAUAGAUACCUGCCCUACCCCAUCCCUGAUGGCAUGGCGCUACACUCUCUGCCAAUUGCAGGGAAAGGCCCAGUCUACCCUCACCCAGUAUUGCUGGGCAGCAACAGCCUUUACCCAACCCACUUGGCAGCAAAACACCCUUUAUCCUACCACAACCUCCCAGCUGGUCCAGGAGGGGAAUACCUCACUUAUAACUCACAGGAGAUGGCCCAUCCCCUGAUGCAGACUCACUCAGACAAGCCUCGGGGACAGGAGAAAUCCAGGGGAGGUGUGGAGGAAUCUGGGGGCCACAGAGAUCACAACAAAGAAAUAGGCGAAGGAAGCCAAAUUAAGUCUGAUAGGGAAGCAGGAGCACAAGGACAGAGUGGCAAUCAAAGCAAAACCCCCUCUUCCUCUGUGACACCCAGAGAAAAGAUUGUCUGCAUUGACCUUGUGCACUCAGACACAGAUAUUGAGUCUACCCCAACAGUCCACAAACAGCCCUCUGCUGAGACCAGCAGCAAGUUUAACCAAAAUGAAUGUUGUCAUAGUAACCAAAAUAUGACAAAGACUGAUUACGAGCCAAAACACCAACACCACCUUUCCCAUCCUUAUCCGAUUCACUCGGGACACAGCCCCACCCUGAAGCCCACUAACACUGACUGACAGCCAGAAACUCCUUUUGGGAAACCAAAGGUCCCUCAGGACGCAGGCUGUCCUGGGGUGACAUCUAGCACAUCCCCACCUUCUCCAGAGCAUUUGGCCCAGGCAGAGGAGAGCCCAGAGGAACAGAGUCCCAGCCCGGACCCUGGAGACCAAGACCAGAGCACCUUGCGUUGUGCCCGCACAUCCGGGGAGCGCAGCUCUGGUAAGGACAAAGGGGACAGAGACAGCCGGGCUCUUCACUUCAUUCAGCACUGCACUGAUGUGGCAAAGGAGGAGAGAAUGUGCGAGGGGGAGGUUGAAAAGGAAGACAGUAUUGUUGACCUAGGGGAGUCCCACGGAGAAGGGGAUGAGGACGAAGAAGAGGAUUGCCAGACUUCAUCCAAAGGCUGUCGCAGAUCCAGUCUUGCCAAGAGGAUUGCUAACUCUUCAGGCUACGUUGGCGACCGCUUUAAAUGUGUCACCACCGAGCUGUAUGCUGACUCCAGCAAGCUGAGCCGUGAACAGAGAGCCCUGCAGAUGGAAGUCAUAUCACGAGAGGGGAGUAAUAUAAGUCAACCUGCAGCUAACUGGGAGCGGGCAAUGAUGCGGUUCUCGGAGCUGGAGCUGAAGGAGAAGGAGGGCGGCGGUGUGUGUGUGUCUGCCUCGGCAGCGGCAGCAGGACGGGAGCUGGCAGACGGCCAGCGCAGAGAGCGAGUGCUGGAACACUGCCAACACACCACCAGGCAGGGAGAGAGGGAGGGUGUCCGGCCGGCGUACACAAACAACAGAGUUCCAGUCCUGCAGAGGUGUGGAAACCUGAAGGAGCCUUUGUCCCCGGGGCACGGGGCCCGAGACAAGUCCAGAGGUGCCUGCCAAGCGGGGCUAAAUGAUGUGGCCAAGAAGGUGAAGAGGGAGCCAGAGGGAGGUCACUGUUUGCCCCCUGUUCUGACACCGGCGAAGGCGUACCCUGAGGAGAAGGUUGGCCUUGGUUUUGGACCCAACAGGAAACGGCAGCUCUGCCUCAAGACUGAGCAGGAGGACACUGAGUGGGAAGAUGUAGAGAGGGUGUCCCAUCCUGAGAAGAGAGCCAAGAUAUCUACGGAUGAACGCGAGCACGCCAGUCCCGACGAAGACGACGACGACGAGGUCCGGAAGCUCAAGGUCUGCAUUGAGCUGAAAGGACUGCGACUCAGCAAACCCGCCGCCGGCGCAGCUUCCCCCGAUGGCUCCCUUAUUAAACAGGACAGGGCGUGGUCCCAGCCCCGUAUGGUCGCCGCGGUGCAGAGCCUACGGGAGCGCAAGGUUAGGCCCGGCGAGCCGGAGGAUAGAGCCGCAGCGCACAGAGCCGAGAUCAACAGGAAAUGGGGCUGCGAGAAGCUACUUAAUGGAGUCGCUGCUUCUCCCCUUCCCCCCGGCCAGCUGAAGGACAGAGCGCACCCGCCGGGCCCCUUCUCAGGUGACCGUGGCCUCAAGGAGCCCAGGAGGGGCCCCCCCUCUCCGGGCCCGGAGCCGUCAGUGGGAGGCACCCCUCCCCUCAAGACCCGUCGCCAUAGUGACACAGACAAACCCAAGGGCAAGCGGCCGUGCAAGACCAAACACACCAGUCAGAGGGAGCGAGAGCGCGAGCGGGAGAAAAGGAAAGAGGCCACACCUAACAGCCCAGGCCAGCGCUGUGUGGCUGAUCUGGGAGCAGCUGAAGAUGACAAGCUGAGUGAGCAGCGUGGCGCUCUGAGGAAGGGAGCCGCCUCUCCUAAUCAUUAUCCCUGCUCUCCAGUCAAGCCCUGCUCCCCUGCCGCGCUCUGUCCGCCCUCCCUGCAGCCCCAGGCGAACGGCAGAGGAGCAGGCGGCGUCCCACCACCACCAGAGGCGGCGGCUGCGGGGGUGCACAGGACCCCCCCUGCCGAGCCCCCCGCGGUGCGUCCGAUCCCGCCAGAGGCUCGUCGGCUGAUUGUGAACAAGAAUGCCGGAGAGACUCUGCUCCAGCGAGCCGCUCGGCUGGGCUACGAGGAGGUGGUGCUGUACUGUCUAGAGAACAGAGUAUGUGAGGUGAAUCACAGAGACUACGCCGGUUACUGCGCCCUCCACGAGGCGUGCGCCCGCGGCUGGCUCAGCAUAGUCCAACACCUGCUGGAUUAUGGGGCCGACAUCAACUGCAGUGCGCAGGAUGGCACCAGACCAAUUCACGACGCUGUGGAGAACGACCACCUGGAUGUGGUGCGAGUCCUGCUGUCAUACGGUGCUGACCCCACCCUGGCCACGUAUUCUGGCCGUGGCCUGCUCAAGAUGACCCACAGCGACAGCAUGGAGCGCUUCCUCACUGAUUAUUUUGCUGACCUUCAGGGCCGCUCAGAUGACGACCCGGGGCUUUAUUGGGAAUUCUAUGGCAGCGCUGUGUGUGAGUCAAACGAAGAGGGUGGUAUGUACGACAUCCUGGCUGACCCUCCAGGCCCUGAGGAUGAAGAUGAGGAUGAUAAACGGGAGGUGUUUGAGUUUGAGUUCUCGGACCGACCUCUGCUGCCUUGCUACAACAUCCAGGUGUCCCUCUCUCAGGGGCCGAGAAACUGGCUGCUACUGUCCGACGUCCUCCGCCGGCUGCGGAUGUCCGGCCGCAGCUUCCGCCAGGCCUUCCCCCACAUGGAGGUGGUGACGGUGGCAGAGGCUGAGUUCUACCGGCAGGCCUCUCUGUCGCAGCUCUUCUCCUGCCCGGAGGAGCUGGAGGGCUUCCACGCAGACAGCAAGGACCUGCUGGACCUGGUGGAAGACAGUGCUGAGCUGGCCGCCCUUCUGGGCUCCACACUGGAGUGCCUGGACGACCGCUGGGACCACCCAGGGGACAAACUGAAGGACAAAAUCAAGGCUAUUGGCAAGUUGGGCUCAUCCUGACCCCUUGUGCCACUAAACCCGGACCUUGAUCCUUACCGACUGCAGUUUGCUUUAGAACCACGCAGGGGUUACGAUGAUAUGCCUUAGCCUGACUCUUAGUUCCCACGCUGCUCUGGACCAGCACUGUACAGAUGGACUGACCUGCUGGCUGACCGGGCUGCUCAGACGUUUCCCUCCGUUAACUGAGGAUCAAUUUGAGACUCAGUAGGCUUAAUAAUGGUCUUAUUUUUAUAAAUUA